AGAACAUCAAAAACAAUUUGCGAAGCCUUCAAAAAAACGUACGACCGAGGAGCUCAAGAAGAUUUAGGAGAAGACGCAAGAAUUCCGAGAGCGAAAACCAAGCACCAGAUCCCGGACGAUGCCCCAUUUCCCCGAAGAAGAAAGGCAGCGCUCGCCACAUCACUCUCUAGCCAUACGCUCAGCAACGCAGAAAGCAGAUGAGAGCGCGUUAUCAAGACCUUCACAAUCGUCAAACAGAAGGCGUCAAAACCGAGAGCACCCGCAAACCUCAACUCAAAUCCCCUCCCGCAUCCUCAUCAAAAACCGCCGAAAACGCUACCUAGACCUCCACCCUUCAUAUUUCCACACCUCAGAUCUCGAACUCGCAGAUCCCAUCAUCUACGACCGGCUCGUACGACAACAUCUCUCAGCGCAAGAACGUGAAAUUCAAGGCCGCGAAAGAGGGUUCACAGGUGUGCUAGAAGCGGAUUUGAUGAGGAGUGAAGCGAAGCUAAACGCUUUGGCGCAGAAACGAGAGAAGAAGGAGAGGGAAGAUGAGAGGAGGAGAGUUAGGGAGCAAGAGAGAGUUAGGAGGCAGAGGGAGGAGGUGGAGAGGACGGGGAGGGUGGAGGGGGAGUGUGGGGAUGGGAAUGGAGAGGAGGGUGAGGAAGAGGAAGAUGAUGAGUACGAGGGGUUAGAUAAGGAGACUGCUUGGGGUUUGUGGAAAGAUAUUAUGACGCAGAGGUUUUUGGCGGGGGAGGAUGGGGAUUUUGAGUAUGGGGUUUUGGUUGAUGGGAAUGAGGAGUUGGAUGAUUGGGAAGAGGAGGAGAGAGGGAAAUUGGAGGAGUGGUUGGAGGAGGAGGAAGAGGAAUUUCUGCCGAGCGGCGAUGAUGGGAGGAGGGAGUUGAAGGGGGAGACGGGUGUGCAGGAUUUUUAAUAUUUUCGAGUUCAAGGAGGAAGAGAGCUAUAUGAUCAAAAUUGAGCUUCAAGUGGUAUGGUGAUGAUCUCCUACCUGAUAGUAGAUUCUGGUUGAAAUCUGGAGCGGCAGAGCAAGUGCUGCGAAGUAUGCGUGUUAGAUGUGUAGCCAGACCAUAUGGGCAUCCGGACCUGUCGUGGAUAGUACAGACCAACAGACAGCUGCGCGCCAACGAGCGGUGGAUGCCCUCACCAUAUAUCCCAG